UUUUUUCUUUUUUUUUUUUAAUCUUUUGUCGUUAUAGAUGUACAAAGAUUAAUGUGGUUUCAAAGUUGUUAAACUGAAUUUUACAAUUGUAUCUUUAGUUUUUGUUUGUUACUUGGAACAUUGUUUGGGGCCCCAAGACCCAAUUUAUAAUUCAUCUUACCUAUUGGUCCUACUGUGGUUUGUAUUUGCAUUCUCAAAAGAUCACAUAAAUCUCAGCCCGUAUCCUGCGCCCAAGUCAUCUCAGCACCUGAAACCAAAAAGAACAACCAGCGAUUCGAGUCUCUGUCCCACUAACUUUUGAAAUUAGAGGAACAACUGUCUAUCACAUUUAUCACAUGAGGGUCAUAUGAAAGUGGCAUCAUAUUUUGAAGCAUUAACAAUUUUGAAAAAUACUUCCUGCAACAAAAAAACCCAGUGACACUUUUGGUUUUAGUUUAAUUAUUUAACUGAAACAUUUUACCCUUGUUAAAGCAAUUCAAAUUAGCAAGAAAAUAUUCAUGGAUAAUUUUAAAGCUUGAGAAACAGAUUUUUGUGGCACAGUUAUACUUAAAAGGUUGAACAGUGUCACAUUGGCUUUGUUUUUGGGGUUUUAAAAAAAAUCCUAAUGUACAUGACGACUGGCAUGAGUCAGGAAGUGAUGAAACUUAAGUGGAAGAAAGCAGAAGUGUGUCUGGGUGGCACUGCUGAGACCGCCACACAUGACCCAAAACAACUGAAUGAACAUCAGUGUGGUAAGCUCUCACCUACACACACUCACACAUACUACUGAUAUAGCUCUUAUAUCAGGACUAAGUAGGUAAUAGGUUUGAGACAGCUAAGGUUAAAUACUUAUUGGCAGUACUUGUUGAUGAUUGACAAUUGUUUCAUGCAGUAACAUUGUUUUUGCAUCUAUGUAGCUUUAAAUGGCAGCCAAAUGCUAAUGAAAAUCUAUCUACACAGUCUUCGUACACUCUUUCUACAUUACUUUCUACAUUUUGUAUACUUACUAAAACCAUCAAAUAUAUGACGAGAGAUACUGUAUGUGAAAUUAUGUAGCAAAGUAAAAAAAAGUUGAAUAACUGGACUAAUUUUGUGAGAAAAAAAAAUAAAAAUUAGCUUCAAAUCUUCAAAGUAGCCACCCUUUGUUUUGUCAAAAAAAAAAAAUCUGAAAUAAAUUUAUAUUUGUUAUCUUUUGCAUGUAUAUAAAAUGUAGAAAGUAAUACAAAUAACAAAAAACAUUGAAUGAGAUGGUGUGUCCAAACUUUUCACUGGUAAUGUAUAUUUGUAUAGAAUAAGACUAAGUUUAUUCUAGUUUCUUAAAUAAAAUAAAAAAAAAGGAAAAAGAUAUAUUUUUUUAUAAUUUAACAUUAACUCAACAGAAUGGCCUUUAACUGUUCCAGUGUGCCAAAGCAAGCACUGCAUAAAAUUAUUUGUUAUGUAAUUAGUCUGUGUAUGUGCUGUAGGUUCAAAACAGUAGUGACUAAAAAGUUUCCGAAACCCACACAUUUGGGUGGUUUUAGAAACUUUGAUCGACUGUGGGAACUAGCUCAGAAACAUUCUCAAGCCUUUUCUUUUUUGUUCUUUUUUGACACUUCAAAAUCUCUUCACAGCUCUACCGCUUUCACUAUGACAAACAACUGCUCGUUCGAAUUUGUGGAUGAACUGAUGAAACAUUUGGAGCUAGCCAUCUAUGUGCCCAUUUUUUUACUUGGUCUUGCUAGUAAUGUUGGAGCACUGAUUGUGUUCUGUUGUAUUCUUCCCAAAUGGACGGAGACCACCAUCUACAUGACCAGCCUGGCACUAGUGGACCUUGUGCUCCUCUUUCCCCUUCCUUUCAAGAUGCAUGCCGCCAACAACUUGUGGUCAGCUCACAGACAGACACUUUGCUCUGUCCUGGAAGCCCUGUAUUUUUUUGGAAUUUAUGGCAGCAUUUACACUAUUAUGAGUAUAGCUGUGGAUCGCUGGUUGGCCAUAUGUCACCCUUAUAAGGCCAAGGAACGGCGAUCACGCAGAAAAGCCCUGGGGAUAUGUGUAGGUGUGUGGGCGCUAGUGCUGGUAGUUAUCUCAACGACCAUCUCCAGUUUUAGACAAGCAGGACGUACCGAAAUUCACUGCUUUCAUAGAUUUUCUGCGCAAGGCUGGAGGCCGGUGAUCAUCAUCUGCCUUCAGGUGUUUGGGUUCCUGGUGCCCUCCUUGGUGGUGGUCUACUGCUCGGUGAAGACCAUCUGGGCACUGCAACUUUCAGGGCAACGCAGUUCACAGAGCAUAGCCUAUAUCAAGUACAUCUACAGCAGUCUGUGCUCCUUCCUGCUUCCCCUAGCACCCAGCCACCUGGCCAUCCUGUUGCAGUUCCUGGUCCACCAGGGCGUGAUUGUGGACUGCAGCUCAAAAACUCGCAUCAGUCUGUUCCUCCAGCUCUCCCUGUGUCUGUCUAACGUCACCUGCUGCCUGGAUGCUCUUUGCUACUACUUCAUCACUCUGGAGGUCAGGAGCACCAAGAGGGCUUCCAGGUUAUCUACGAUCAGCCACAGGAGGCCCACGUUCAGCACCUCUGAAGUCUGACCACAGCUGGACAAACCAAGAUGACCCCAAGUUAACUGAGCUAAUGACUCAAUGUGGCAAAGCAGUGGCAAAGCUCGGCCGGGUUUUUGGCUGUAUUUUUGAAACUAGUGGUCAGUGGCAGUUGUCUAAACUAGAGCAUUUCCCUUUUUGUGUGUGGGUUGUUUUUUUUUUUCUUUUUCUUGACAACAUGUAAAUAGUUUUGAAGUUGUGAAGUUUAAUGUCAGUAGCCGUUGUAUUAUCUGUAACAGUUGGAGCUUGUCACAAUCACUCAGCUGUAUAGUAAAAGCAAAAUACUUGUAGUAAGACAAAAAAUUAAACCUUAUAUUGGUGUGUAUGAUAAUAUGUAUAUAUGUAAAUUCAAGUAUUUAUUCUAAUUAUUGUUACUAUCAUUUGAAAUAUCAUUAUUGUAAUAUAAACAAAAACACACAAAAAACAAAUUACCCCACAAUCUAUUAAA